AUGACGUCUUCGCCUUCGGGCAACGCUCUGCUGCUAAAGCGUCAGCUGCAGGAGCUCCGAAAGCAUCCCGUGGACGGCUUCAGCGCUGGACUCAAGGAUGAUGACAAUCUGUACGAAUGGGAAAUCAUGAUCAUUGGGCCGAACGACACGCUGUACGAAGGGGGCUUCUUGAGGGCUGAACUCAUCUUUCCGCCCGAGUACCCUCUCAUGCCUCCGAAGAUGAAGUUCAUCACACCAAUGUGGCAUCCAAAUGUUUACAAAGACGGAACGCUGUGCAUCUCAAUCCUCCAUCCUCCUGGCGCAGACGAGUACGGCUACGAGGAUGCUGGAGAGAGGUGGCUACCUGUUCACACUGUAGAGACUAUAUUGAUAUCUGUGAUCAGCCUCUUGUCCUCGGAGACACCAGACACGGAAUCACCCGCGAACAUCGACGCGUCUGUCCAGGUCCGUGAUGACAUCAAAGGCUACCGAAAAAAGGUCCGCCAACUUGUUCGACGCUCCGCAGAGGAGGCUUUCUGA